AUGCCCACAUCUGUCGCCAUCAGUCACAUGACAACCUACGUCACCACACAGUUAUGUAACACGGCGUCGAACUUCAUUCUCCAACAAAAUGGCAGCGUCAGUGUCUGCGUCAGAAUGUCCUCCGCGGGCGUUAACUAUACCGAUGCUAGGGACGCUUGUCAGGAAUUUGGGGGUAACCUCUACACAAUAAAGACACAAGAAAAGCUGAACAUCUUGAAGACGAUCGCCGGUACAUUCCGCUUCAACUUCUGGGUAGGUCUGGAUGACAUGGAGACGGAGGGCGUGUUCAAGUGGGUGGAUGAUGGCACCACACUUACCUACAACUGGACAAGAACAGUAUUUAACGUUCACCAGCCCAGCAAUGGCUACCCAAAUGGAAAUGAAGACUGUGUGGAAUACAACCAACUUUACAAGCCUCUAAACGAUGUGAACUGCAUCAUCAUUCUCAAAUAUCUCUGCGAAAAGAAAGUUCUUAUUCCUUAA